GUUUCUCUAUGAUAUUACAUCAAUAAACCUGUAUCAGCUACCGUCUAUAGAAGGCAUUGACAGACAGAGGAUCGGCAACGUUGUUCUCCCAUCUUUCUCCACUGCCAUUAUAACGUGGACCUCAUAAUAGUUUACCUGUAUUGUAUUCGACUAACUAGCUUUAUUUAAUUGACAAUAAGCCUCUUUCCUGAUUCAUAAUAGAAUAUAACAAGUAAGGUAUACAGUGAUAGACGUCAACCUUAACAGUAUAGUUCUACUUCCUCUAUUAGUCUAUCAGAUAUGUUCUUCUCAAAAGGAGGUGAAACUAAGUCAGUGUACCAAAGGCUACAUUAGCGUCAGUAGUGUUUUGUUUGUAAAUUGGUAGAUACGAUAGUCCACUCUAUUUAUUAAAAAACAUUUUGUCGUGACAAUUGUGAAUUUUCAAUUAGUUUUGGAAAUAGGUUGAUUUAUAAAUUGUGAUUACGGUAUUUUAUUUCUAUCAGAUAAUAAUAUGUUCUAUAGGAAAGUAGGUGAAACUAAAGUCAGUGUACCAAAGGCUACAUUAGCGUCAGUAGUGUUUUGAUUGUAAUUUGGUAGAUACGGUAGUCCUUUCUAUUUAUUAAAAUACAUUAUUUUCUCGUGAAAGUUGUGAAUUUUCAAUUAGUUUUGGAAAUAGGUUGAUUUAUAAAUUGUGAUUACGGUAUUUUAUUUUUUUCAAUUAGUUUUGGAAAUAGGUUGAUUUAUAAAUUGAGAAUACGGUUUUUUUGGCAAUAUAGGUUGAUGAGAAAUCAGGGUAGUGAAUGUGCUUUUGAUUGUUUGAUCUUGAAAAUACAGCUUGAUGUGCAAGUCAGUGUAUAAUAAAUACAUUAUCAAAAGUAUAGCUGUACAACAUGGGAAAACUGAUAGUGAUUCUACAAACAACUGUUGUUUUAUUAUGGAUUUUGGAAACGAAACUAGUGAGAUGUGAAUUGUGGGUUGCUAAACCUUUGACAAAAGCUUUGUGGGGGUUUUCUCCGAGUCCAGUAAACAAUACUCUAUGCAGAGAGCAAUCUUCAAUCUACAAACAGAAUUUGGCAAAUCUUACACUAUGGGCUAUUCAAAUGCUGGAUGCAAGCACCCUAGCCCCUAACGGUCUCGUAGCAGGCGACAUCCACCAGUUGGGUCACUUUGACUCUUGCAUGGCGACCCGGGGACCUGUGCAGCCCCAGUUCUGUGUACCAACCAUCAUGUUCCAACCAUUUUCGAAAAUAUUCCCCACAUUCGACGACGGUAACUACUCUAGAGGAUUCGAAGGAGAUGAUAACACAACAUGGAGUUUACAAAUAUGGGAAAAGAUGAAGCCCAAUCCAGAUGCAAGUAAACAACGGAGAGACCGUCUGCAUUGGGGCCUGUGUCUGCCGGCCUCCUGCCGACCUCUAGAGAUCCAAACAGAGCUGAAUGAAACCCUAAAUAGUCUCUCCGCAGAGAGCCACAUUCAUUUCCAAGUCUCCCUGAGUGACCUGAUGUGCUACAAUCCCCAUAAGGAGUUCUCAGACCGUUAUACGGGACCUGAAAAAUCUGCCGGAUUCUAUAUCAUGUGCUACUUGCUUGCAAUUCUUGGAGUGAUAUUGGUUAUAGCAACAGUUACUGAUAUACUGCUGGGAGUAGGGCGUACACAGGGCGAUGAUUCGUCAACUCGGAAGAUGAACGACACUUAUAAGAAAAGUUUAUUCUUGCAGCUUUACUCAGUUCGAUUAAAUUUGGAACGAUUGACUAGAAAGGACAAAUCCUCAGAAUUCGAUAUUUUGAACGGCAUGAAAUUCGUGCUGCUUUUUUUCGUGGUGACAGGUCACAGGGGACUCUUCAAUAUGGGGACCGCUCUGUCGGAUCCUGAGUACGUCGAAAGUCUCUCUCAAAACUCCACUACUGAAGAGGUAGAAGUAGCAGAAGAAGUGGCAAAAGAAGAAGAAGAAGAAGAGAGAGAUUGA